AGCUGGCAGGCGGAAGAUGUUUAUUGUGCUGCGUGUGAAGAUAAAUGCUUUAAAAAGUAUCGCCCUACUUAGUUUAAAACUGAAAGAAAAUGUGAGAAGGUGUGCCAGUCGUGAACGCUGGAGCAGGGCUUGUUUGAUAAGGAAAAACUAUCAACGAACUCCACUUUAUCGUAUUAUCUAUUGAAUUGGAAUCUGUUCGAAACUCCAGUCAUCAUAAAAUGACGUCCGAGCAGGACGAACAGAAAAUGACCAUUGAAACUGUGGAGAGAACUGUGCGCGAGGAUUCCAAAUAUUAUGGGAGACAGAUCCAAAGUGCUCUGGUGCCAAUUUUGUCAACGGUUGUUACAGGAAUGACAAUGGGAUACAGUGCUAUAUUGUUGCCCCAAUUGAAAGUGGUUUCGUUUAACGACACCGAAACUCGUGAGAAGGAAAGCUAUGUAACGAAUUCAAUAGUGACCGGUGAUUCGGGUAUCAUCAUUCAUUCGAUCGACGAAGAAUCUUGGAUAGCUGCAUCAGCAGCUUUGACGAUGGCACCCGGUUGCUGGUUUGCGAGUCUCUUGAUGGAUAAGCUUGGCAGGAAGACUUCUAUUCUCGUGAUCAGUCCAGUCGUAUUGUUUGGAUGGUUGACCAUCGCUCUGGGCCAAAACUUCGUGUACCUUGUAGCAGGUAGAUUGCUGUGCGGCCUUAGUGCUGGUCUUUUUGGUGCUACCAGUCCGGUUUAUAUCGCUGAAACGACGCAUCCGCGUCUUCGGGGUCUACUCAUCACGGCUCUAAGUUUCGCUGUGACUGUUGGAAUACUAUUCGUUCAUGCACUUGGCACAUGGCUCGAUUGGAGAUUGACGGCCUUUAUUACUUCGGUGAUUCCAAUCGCCUGCAUGGGACUCGGUGUUUUUAUUCCUGAAAGUCCUAAUUGGCUACUGUCACGAGGUAAACGAGAAGACGCGUUGGCCGCCUGGACUUUGUUGAGGGGAGAUCAUUCUGUGAGUCAGUUCGACGAGCUCAAAGCCAUCCAUGAACCUUCAGCGAGAGAAGUAGAAUGUGAUUACGUAGAAAAACGAUCAAAGGUUGGAUUCACUCUGGACUCGAAGUCCUCUAUGUGCUGGACAAACAGAUUUUCAUUGAGAGCGUUCUUUGUACCUUUACUUAUAGUGUGCGUUAUGUCUUUUACUAGUCAAUUCUCGGGAAUCAACGUGGUUACGUUUUAUUGCGUUCAAAUGAUUCAGGAAGUGUCUGGGCCGAAACACGGUUAUGUCGGAACAUUGAUUCUGGAUGUGGUGCGUGUUCUCUUCAGCGUUUUCGCUUGCUGGUUAACGAGACGGUACUCAAGGAGAAUAUUGGCGAUGAUAUCCGGAUUUGGAACUUGCAUCAUGCUUUUCUUCCUUUCGGUUUGUAUUUUCAACGAUUUCGGGCGACCCUGGCUCCCCAUCGUUCUCCUAUUCGUCUACGCAGGCACUGUCGCCGUCGGACUUGGACCAUUACCGUGGUUACUCUGCGCUGAACUAUUCGACGAUAACAACCGAGGCUUGGGAUCUGGUCUCAGUGCAGGAUUCGCCUUUUUAUGCUUUUUUGCGGUCGUGAAAACAGGUCCCCAAGCCUUUAACGUACUUACGCCAGCCGGCACGUUCGCGCUUUAUGGCAUGGUAGCUCUUCUUGGUAGCCUUUUCCUCUAUAGAUAUUUACCGGAGACAAAGGAUAAAACACUUCGAGACAUAGAGAAGAGUUUCACUGAUGAAACCUCUCCGGAGGAUGACAAAUCCACGGUGACGACGGAUCUUUGAUUCUGAUGCUCGGUGACGAUCGACCUUCGGCAAUUGGCCAUUAACCACAUUCGGAUCAUCAAAACGAGCCCACUUAAGAAAAGCCCAUUUUCAGCACUCUUCAUAUCUCGCAGAGAUCUCAGAAAUGAUUGUUUGCUCGUGGUUGGUCCUGUCAAGAAAAUAACGAUCAUUAAUAUCAUGUUGACUCAUGUUGUAUGCUACAAUGCAUGAGAUAUGGCGUUUGUACAAUGGUUGCAGUGUUGGACUGCUUGUCGUAUACUUGUCAGCUCCCGAAUGCGGUCUGUUUGGCACGUGUCACAUUGCCUGUAGAAUUUCAUGAAAUAUUUUGUCCCACUGGAUGAAUUAUUGUGGCGUCAAGAGCAAAGUUCCAUUGCGCAUGUUGCAAACACUUGAAUGUGGCGCGUUUGCAAACGUCGUUUAAGAAUCUUUCGUGUUCA